CACGAGGUACGCCACCAACCACCAAAGCAAACAUAAGACGAAACUGAGCGGAACCAUGAGCCAUCAGAUCGAUCUGAAGACGAGCGCCUGCACCAUGGCCGCCGCCGGCGACGACGACGACUGGGUGUACAUCGACGGUGACCAAGACACGAAGGCUUCACCGGCGCCGGCGCUAUGUGCCUCUGAUAGCCUCGAGGAGUCGGAGCAUUGCGAUCUCGACUACCUCACAAGGAAAAAGGAUUCCCGGAUCAGGAUGGAUGUCCGCGCCCCGGCGCCUGACGAUGCUGCGACGGAGGUGGUGGCGCCUACCGCGGACGCCGUCGGUGAUGGCGCUGUGGAUGACGCCGACGCCGUGGAAGACGAAGACGGCUGCUCUGACUACUCCAACGGAGUUCGCCUCGAGAAAGCCUACGAGUCGGACCAAGACCUAGGUCAAGUCGACGACGAGUCUGAGCGGCAUGAGGAUGGGGCGUCCGACCUGAGGCUGAGGGGACUGCUCGACAACCUCAAGACCAUCGAAAGUAAACUGCUCCACUGCCAGAGGGAACUGCUGGACUGCCAAAAAUCCAUCCAAGACCACCGCAAAGCUACACGCGACGAGGCCAUCCCCGCACCGGCACCGGCGCCGUCAGCGCACGGCUACAAUGCUCGCCACUCAGCCUACAUAGGAGGACUCUCUGCCUCGCCGUACACCUUUUAUGAUGGCUACCGCAGCGGAGGUUACGGCGACGGCUACGGUUAUGACGGCGGCCGCGGCGGACGUGGAGGUUACUACCGCGGCAUCUCGGGCUAUGACUACGGCAGCCUAUACUACUACUAGCUCUUAGGCUAUGACUACGGCAUGGGCGGCAGAGGAGGUUACGGCAUCGGCUUUGGCCAUCUCUACGGUGGCGGCGGAGGCUACGGCGGCAUCUCGGACUAUGGAUAUCGCUACGGCCGCGACGGAGGUCAUUACUCUGACUUUGACUACGACGGCCUUGGAGAUCUUUACAGCGUCUGCUCUGGCAAUAGCUACGGUUACCGCCCUGAAGACUAUGGCCAACGGUACCGCAGGGACGGGUAUCUCGGCGGCUGGAUGUUGUCCUCGGUCGUCACCCUAUAGAUAUGGAUAGGUUAAUUAAUCAGGUUUUGUUCAUCGCAUAGGGGUGUGGUGCUUGGUAUCGUUUUAUCGCAGUAGAGUAAUAGUAGUUGGCAAUUGCGGUUUGGAUCUCUAUAUUGUUAUGUAGUAUUAUUAUUAUAUCUUGUCAGAAAGAAUUAAACUAUUAGUUAUAUUAAGUGUGUUGCUGAACUCUUGAA